UUUUUAUUUACAGAAAAUCUAUCAAGAUGGAUACAGCCAAAGAAGAAGAAAAAGGAGAUUCUGAAGAAGAAAUUGUGACUUUUGACCAGAUUCAGAAGAAGGUGAGGAUCCUAUUCCAGCAUUACACAAGCUUCGGAGACAGGAAGAAUAUGUCCUAUAUCCAAUCUAAUAAGGUUCAGAAGAUGUGCAAAGAAACUGGGAUCAUUGGCAAGAAGGUCACCAAAAAGGAUAUCGAUAUCUUCUUCUUGAAGAUUAACAAAAGUAAACCCAAUAUGUAUUUCGAUGACUUCAUUAAACUUCUUGGAGAGAUUGCUGUCCUUAAGUACGGCGGAGAGGAGCUAGAUGCUUUCAUGUCUCUUCUUGGUGAUCACUUGCUUAAAAAGAUUGAGGAACUUGGAGGGUCGAGUAAGGAUAAGCCCAAAGAGGUGAAAUUUAGCAGUACUGUUGAGGAACUAUUCACUCAUCAUAUCAAUCUUCUUUAUGAUAUCUAUCAUUCUUACUUCACAUUCAGAAUUGAUAGAGUAGAGAAAGGAGCUGAUAAGGAGGCUCAAAGAUGCGAGAAAUAUAUGUAUGAAUUUCUUCGUGAUUUUGAAAUUUGUCCCAAGUUGCUCUCAAAAAGCGUAACAUUCAAUGUAUGGACUUUCAUCAUUGAAUGAAGUGAGGAGAAAAAGAAAGCAGUAUACAAGGAAGCAUCAAAAGCUCUUUCUAAAAGUUAUGAUAUCAAGGAGGAGAACAAACUUUUCACUUUUGCCUUCUUCCUCGACUUCCUAGCAUGCCUAGGAAACACAGCUUACAUGAAGAAAGGUGUUUCUAAUGCUGAGUCUGUUGUUAAUUUGUUCUUAAGAAUGGAGAAAUCAGAAGGAUUCUGUAACUUUGAGUCAAAAAUGCAUAGAACUCAGAGUUCAUCAUCUAGCUUACAACCACCAGAAAGCGUUUUGAAGAAACUCGAUAAGAUGAAGAUUAGUGACGAUGAGGAAGAGAAAGGAGAUCUCUUUUCUCAACUUUCUAAAGGUACAAAGACUGUUAAGGUUACAAAGACUACUAAGAAAGAGACUACUGCCACUCGUAAGACUACUAAAACUAAAAAAGCUGCUCCAAAGAAGAAGGAAGUUGAAGAAAUCUCAUUCGAUCCUGUCUAUAGUGAGGAUGUAGAAGCUUUGAUUCCAAACGUCAAGACCAUCUUCUCUUACUAUUGCUCAUUUGGUGACACUGGGAAUAAAACCAAGCUCAAGAGUUCAACUUUCCAAAAAUUGUUGAAAGAUGCUAAAAUCGUUAAAUAAUUUGGGUUAUCAAGAAUAAUUUCGAACAAAUUAUGAAUAGUUU